CAAGUCAACUGCUUAAUCCUGCGAUGAAGUUUGGAUGCCGGAAACAAGUCAAACGCAACUACAACUACCACUAUGCUUCACAGCCAGACAGCUAACUGGGGCGCCUGCGCAAAAAGCUUUAUCCUUGUUGCUAUGGGAGCCUGGAGCGGGACUGGUGACGGGAGUUGGAUAGGCUCUGCUUUCCUUUUGGUCUUCCGUGGUAGCGGAGGCGACGUCUAAGGAACAAAAGCUACUCCUGGUGGCAGUGGCCUCAGCGGUGGCAUCUUGUUGCCACGGUGUCGCCGGCACUGCCUCCGGUCUGCUAGAGAUGCCCCAGAAGGAAGGAUGAGGUGACGGGGCCUGAGCCUGAAAUGAUGAAGAUGAUGUCGCGCCCCCAGAUCAUCCACAGUGGCCAUUUUAUGGUGUCGGAGCCACACGCCGACCCUGACCCGGAUCCCGACUCCGAGGCGGCGCUGAGCCUGAGAGGCCAGGCUGCUCCAGGACUCCCGGGGCCAGUGAAAAAGAGCGGCCCUGGGUUAGCUACUGCCGGAGAGGCCGAUGGCGGGGCCCCGAAUGGCUGUGGGACCACCUACGACUUCGACACGGUGAACGAGGGCACGUGCCGGACCUACCGCUACGGGCCGCGAAGCAGCGGCGCUCUCAACAUCGACGUCUCCCUCGCUAAGCUCUUUGAGUGCAUGACGCUCGCCUACAGUGGGAAAAUUGUCUCUCCCAAGUGGAAAACCUUCAAGGGGCUGAAACUGCUACAGCGUGACAAGAUUCGGCUCAAUAACGCCAUCUGGAGGGCCUGGUAUCUGCAGUAUGUGGAGAAGAGACAAAACCCUGUGUGCAGUUUUGUAACUCCACUGGAAUUCAAUGAUGUAGAAGACCAUCGGAAGCCAGAGGCUGUCAUUAUGGAGGGAAGGUACUGGAAACGGCAAAUUGGAGUUGUUAUUAGGGAGUAUCACAAGUGGAGGACAUUCAUCCCCAAGCGGAGGACAUUCUUCCAUACCAGGGCCCUAAAGAAGAUAAAUAAACCUGUUUAUGACUCCACUCAGGAAGUAGCUGAUGAUAUUUCAGGGGUCCAGCAGUACAAUGAAAUGGCUGAUGGAUGCCCCAUGGAUCUUGACCCUUUGCAUGAUCUGGAUGCUCUUCUGGACACCAUCUUCUCCAGCAGAAAUCCUUAUGGUGGCCCCAACCUACGUGGCUUUGGCCACCAGGGCAAUGCUGACAUGAUCCAACCCACCCUGACUCAGCUGCACCCCAUAUUUGGAGAAGAAUUCAUGGAUACCUUGGAUCCUAUUCAAGACUUCAUCACUUCUGGUCGUCCUCAGCCUCCUGAACAGACUCCCACACUACGAACAGAUGCUGCUGCCUUGCAUCAGUGUCACCCAGAUGUGUCUCCUGUUGCCACUGACCUCAAGGAAAUCUCACUACCUGGAGGCUCUUUCAUACCCAUUCCCAUCUCCCCGGACGUGGAGCCACUUGAACCUCUGAAUGGACAGCAAACUUUCCUGCCACUCUUCCCCAUUUCCCCAGUGAGGAUCAGUCCCCCACCUGCUCCUUCAAUCAUGCAUAUCCAACCUCAAACCACCCUGGUCUUCUCUGUCAUCACACACACAGGGGCAGAAAAAUCCUCACUAUCUUCAUCCACAUCUGCAGGCACCUUUGCCAUGCCUACUGCUGCUCCCUCAGCAAAGGGCAGAAGGGGCAGACAGCUACAACGGAUUGCGCCAGCACCUUCUAGUCAUCAGGUGGCACCUCCCAAUGCCUCCCUCACCUGCCUGCUUGCAUCUGGUCCAGCACCACUGCCCCUCACACCAGUCAUUAAUUCUGUACAGGUUUGUGGAACCCCAGAACUCCCUGCUAAUGUUGUGUUGAGUUCAGUAUCUGGGCCAGAGAAGUCUCUACCUGCUGCUGCUGCAGCCUCCCCUAAUAUCGGUGCCAAACCCAAGGAAGAGGCUGAAGAGAAGACUUUCUGCAACCCACAAGAAAUGUCCAAGCGUUGCACUGCCAAGUUGCAGGGAAGCCGCAGAUCCAUUUUUGCCUCUUCAGACUACACCCGGCGUAUGGUCAUCAGCGCUGGCUUCAACACUCUUGCCAGUCUAGUGCUGCCAGGAUCUGAUCAGACCAGCACAAAGUUUAGCAAAGCAAUGCUUCUGCAGAAGAGUGUGUCAUAUGUGGGACGACUGCAGCAAGAGCACCGACAAGCUCGAGCAACAGUAGAAAGAUUGCGCAGUGAAAUUGAAGAGCUGAGCACAGCCAUUGAUGAGUUCCAGCAGCAACUUCCUCCCAGUGGAGUUCCUGUUUUACCACCGCAAUCAGAUCAGGCCUCUCAGCUCUAUGAAGCCUAUGUGCGCCAGCGCACCUCACAGGAUUGGCGCUUCUGGCUUUUUAGUGUGGUGAUCAAGCCACUGUUUGAGAGCUACAUCCGGACAGUGAGCACAGGCAGCAUCAAGGAAUUCUGCCAGUCAGUGUUGAGUUGGUUGGAACAACACUGCACCCUGCCCAUCUUGCGUCCUGCUAUCUCUGGCUCCCUCCUGCAGCUUAGCAAGAUUACAUCCAUACUGACUCAGCCAGCCCGGUUGCCUGAACAAGCUCUGCAUGCAGCCUCUUGUCCUCCUCUCUGCAAGGGCAACAGCUAGAAUAAAGACUGGGUCCUGUUAUACAGCUUCAUGCAGCCCCUGACGCUACUGCCAAUAGCAGGGGCUCUAACUCAGGAAUUCAUCUGUCAUUCAAACAGGAGCACUAGCUUUUGUGACUAUAUUGGGGCUAAGAAUUCCAAAGAACAGAAUCUCUGGGGAUUCAUGUUGGUGCUGGCCACCUAACUCCCUCUUUGACAGAACAAAGAGUGGACUUGAGACUUCUGGUGGGGGUUGCAGAGGCACAAGGAAACGCACAGAUCCACAUGUUCCAAUUAAUCCCUGAGCAGAGGAGGGGGUACCAAACACUGCUUUAGUCCUUGGUUUGAGGUAGGCUACAAGGAGGUUGGCAUGGUUUCCAUUUUUUAAAAAAAAAAUUCCACCAGAGGGCAGUGAUGUUCUUUGUACAAAGUCUCUCAGUGUCUUUAAGGUACAACUGGAUUUUAUUUUGUCAGUAUUACCCAGGGAUUUAGAUGACUCAAUGCUGUAUUCCUCAGUGAAUUCGGAAGUUUGUAGCUCACUGUUCCUAUUCUCAUGACUUGGGCAAAUCUCCUAUGCUAUAUGCUAGUAGCAAACUUUACCUAUGCAAGCACAUUCACGUACACUAUUCUAGACGCAGAUGAUCAGUUUUCCCUAUCUUUCACUCCAGAAAUACUGUGUAAAGCUGAAUAAACCAGAAAUCCAGUGGUACCUUAAAAACUAACAUUUGUAGGGCUGUGUAGGGUUGUGCUUUUUGUGUGUGUGCAUCUGCUGGAUAUCCCAAUGAAGGAUGGAAUCCACUUUCUAGCACAAAAUUCACCAUCUUGAGAAUCUCUGCUUUCAGGGUGGUUUGUAACUGAAAUGAAAAGCUUGAAAAACAUGAGCAGUGCUUUCAUAAAAUGGAGCUACCUAGGAGUUUUAAUGAGCUAGCACUUUAGUCUAUUAUUUCUCACGGUUACUAUUUACCAACUUUACUGCCUCCAGCCAUGUGUUCCUUCAGUGACUUUUUUUUUUAUAUAAAAAGCUGUAAUUUUUUCACUUGCUCUUAAAUUAUUCGUCUCAGAACUUGGAUUAUACUGAUGUAGAAUUUGAAGUUUGUUAGGGCUGAACACAACAGUGUUGACUGCAGAUGUACCUUGGGUGUAUAGUUCUAUUGUGCAGUUUUUGUAGACUUCCUGCUACUGUUAGAACCCUCUGACACUUAAUGGUGUGUAGUGGGGGUCUGGGGAAAAUACCAUUUACACCAGCACUUAUCCAUGCCCUAGUCCAUGCUACUGUGUCCAUAUGAAAAUAGCAGGAGCCUAUCUGUAUACUUCUGUUCAACUACAAUAGAAAGGUGUGCCCAUCUCCCAAACUAGAGUUUGUUGGAGUUGAUGCCUGCUGGGAAAGAAGGUAACAUAACCAUACUGUUUCCCACUGCUCCUUAGUGGAUAGAGAGAACUUUUUCUGCCAUAGGGGCACCCAAAGAAGUUGAUGGGCAAUAUAUUCAGGAUAAAUAACUUCUUUACUUAACAAGUAACUAAAUUGUGAAAUUUAGCAUAGAUGGCUUUAAAAGAGAAUUAGAUAGAUUCAUGGAGGAAAGGUCCAUCAUGGGCUAACCAUGGUAACUAAAGGGAAACUCCACAUUCAGAGGCAAUAACCCUUUGAAUACCAGUAGUAGGCAGCAACAUCAGGGGAAGACCUUGGCCUCAGUACCAUUUUUAGUGGCCUUCUAGGGUGACUGGCCACUGUGUGAAACAGGAUGCUGGACCAGAUGAAUUAAUGGCCUGAUCCAGCACGGCUGUUCUUGUGUUCUUAGAGAAUCUCCUGAAUUCUUAGUUGUGUUUUUCUGGUGAUGCCUUAGUUGCAAAAAUGCUCAUCCAUGUACUCCCCCACCCCAUCCCACCGGACCUGUGCUUGGCAUAUAGCAGGGAAACUUAUCAAAGCUGUGGGAAGUAGUUUUCUUGCAGUCACUAAAUUGUGAAACUGUGCACCCAUGGCACCUCUAUGUGGGGAGGGGGAGACAAAUGUGGGGGGAGUUUGAGGGAAAGAUCAACCAAUUCUCUCUUUCCUCCUGGGAUUCUGCUCCUUGAGAUUUGUGAAUUUCAAUAGAGAACAUUGUAGCCAACUCUCAGUGGAAUGGAGCCGGGGUAAUCCAGUCAUCCCUACUUGUUUUUUAAGACUUCAGCACAAAGCUGAAAACAAGUCACCUUCAUACCUUUCCGGGAAGUUACUUUUCUGUGUAGAGUGCUAUGAAACUCUCCUGGCCUGUGUGUAUGCAGAUAUUCUUGUAUGUUCACAUACACACACUCUUUUAUAUACAGAUGUGUGGAGAAAUCCAUCUAUUUAGGAAGCUACAUAGAUGAAUUAGUGUCUUUCAAAUCCUUGAGUGCUUUUGUUGAGUUUAAUUAUUUCUGCAUUAUAAUAUAGGCACAGGUACAUCCAUAAUUAUAUUAUCAUAGGUAGGAAUGCAGAAAUGAAAUAACCAGCCUAUAUUUUUCCCAUUGUCCCCUUCAUGCCAGGAAUGGGCAACCUGUUGAUGCCCUUGGAAAGCACUGAUACACUAAAGCCAUUGCAAAUCCACAUUUUUAUCUGCUUUAGGCCUGGUAAGAUACAGCUGUCCUUGUUGCGAUAUCAGCUGGUUCAGCCCACUUGUAUUCCCUUUGCUCAUGUAUGGAGGUGAUGCUACUGGUAUUUUUAGAAUUUUGAAUUAGCCAAAGAUAGCAUUAUAUUCAUGCAUAUUACUAGUAGCCAUGUAUGGCACAGUUGGUCUGUUUGCUCUUUGAAACGCUGCCAGGAAUGGGGAGAUUUGCUGCAAGACAGCUUGGUGAACCAUAUUGCCUAUCCUGGCAGUAAUUAUUGAUGGCACUUCAGCUUCCAGUCUUAUUGGAUUUCCCCCAGUUGUCCAGUUUGGUGUAGUGGUUAAGAGCGCGGGACUCUAAUCUGGAGAGCCAGGUUUGAUUCCCCUCUCCUCCACUUGAAGCCAGCUGGGUGACCUUGGGCUAGUCAUGGCUCUCUGGAGCUCUCUCAGCCCCACCCACCUCACAGGGUGUUUUGUUGUGGGGAUAAUAAUAAUAUACUUUGUAAACUGCUCUGAGUGGGCAUUAAGUUGUCCUGAAGGGCGGUAUAUAAAUCGAAUGUUGUUACUAUCCAAGUUUCUUAUUUUUCCAAAUUAAAAGCACAUGAAUAUUU